UGUCGGCCCCCAUGAACUGAAAGUAGCUGUGCUCAUAAUUGUCAAAUAUGUCUUUUACAUUGCUUAGGAGGAUCCUUACUAAGCACAAAAACAAUAUUUCAUUCUUUAAAUUUGGAAAAUGUGUACGGCAUUGUCAAAUUAGCUUUUUAUCAGAUGCUGUUAGUUUCACAGACAGGACACAUACAUGUGGAUCUUUAACAGGCAGUAAUGUAGGAGAAAAAGUAAAGCUUUGUGGAUGGGUACAGUAUAACCGUGGUGGAAAAUUCAUCGUCAUUAGAGAUUGGUCAGGAAUUACACAAGUUAUUGUUCCCACAGAAAAAGUUGAGGUGCAAGAAAUAGUGCAGUCCCUGACCUUUGAAAGUGUUAUAGAAGUUACUGGUAAAGUCUUGCCACGUCCAGAAGAGGAAGUAAAUCCUGCAAUGGCCACUGGUGAUUUAGAAAUAGAUUUAGAGGAAAUACAAGUUCUCAACAAAGCUUCUGAAAGUUUACCCAUACCUGUAUAUGACUAUCAUAAGGUUUCAGAAAUGAUGAGAAUGGAGUAUAGAUACAUGGACAUUAGGAACAAACAAAUGCAGAGAAAUUUACGACUGCGCUCCAAGAUGAUGAUGAAAAUACGAGAAUUUCUCGCUAACAUUCAUGAGUUUGUUGAUGUUGAAACCCCAACACUGUUCAGGAGGACUCCAGGUGGAGCGAAAGAGUUUAUUGUUCCCAGUGGGCAGCCCGGAAAGUUCUACAGUUUACCGCAGUCACCUCAACAGUUCAAGCAGUUAUUGAUGGUAGGCGGUAUUGACAGAUAUUUCCAGAUUGCGAGAUGUUACCGCGACGAGGGCUCGAAACCCGAUAGACAGCCAGAGUUCACACAGUUAGAUAUAGAAAUGUCAUUUGUGAAGAGGGAAGGCAUUAUAAAGUUGAUUGAAGAAAUGAUGGUAUACAGCUGGCCAGAGGGUGAACCUCACAUACAAACACCCUUCCCACACCUGACAUAUGAUCAGGCUAUGAGAUUAUAUGGUUCUGAUAAACCAGAUACAAGAUUUGAUAUGAAGAUAACAGAUAUAACUUCAAGAUGUUCUGACGGUGGUGUAGAGUUAAUAAGCAAUCAAUUAAAAACAGGAAAUGGUUCAGUGGUGGCCAUUAAAAUACGUGAUGAAAAGAAACUUUUUUCAAAGAAAAAACUAGAAGAUUUAAAGACAAUGGCAUUGAAAGCUUUGAAUGAUACCCAGACAGUCGUAAUACCAGUGAGAGUAAUAGAAGAUGGAUCUUGGCAGUCUCCUAUUGCUAAACAUAUGAAGGCCAAUGUCAAGGACGAAAUAUCAAAUGACCUUGACCUUCAGACAGGUGACCUCGCAAUACUUGCAGCAGGACAAUGUUAUAAACCAAAUGAAGUUUUAGGCAAGAUAAGGCUGUUGUUUGCAGAUUUUCUUGAAAGUAAUGGUGUUCAAGUCAGAGAAAAGAAUGUCUUUAACUUUUUAUGGGUUGAAGAUUUUCCCCUAUUUCUUCCAAAAGAAGAUGGAGGAGAGGGUCUAGAAUCUGCUCAUCAUCCAUUCACAGAUGCACACCCGGAGGAUAGACACAUGCUUUAUACCCAGCCAGAGAAGGUCAGAGGUCAACACUAUGACCUGGUGUUAAAUGGGAAUGAAGUUGGAGGUGGGUCCAUCAGAAUACAUGAUCCAGAUGUACAAAAAUAUGUUCUUGAGGACGUUUUGAAGGAGGAUUCUAGCCAAUUACAACAUUUAUUGAAAGCAUUCACAACGGGAUGUCCACCUCAUGGAGGAAUAGCUUUAGGUCUGGACAGAUUAUUUGCCAUCAUCUGUGGUGCUGCAAGUAUUCGAGACGUAAUUGCGUUUCCGAAGACACAGGAUGGGAAAGAUCCGAUGAGCAAAGCGCCGGCUACUGUAUCACAAGCUGAACUUGAUUCUUACCAUAUACAAAUUAAACCUAAAUCUAGUUGAUGAUAUUUGAUUAUUCUAUUAUAUUUGUAUUUAAUAAAAAAAAUUAA